ACGGCUCCACGUUCACGGUCCGCUAGCUAGCUCCGCUUUUGUAAAGCUCGGAGCUUGAACGUCCCCCGCCAUGGACGCCGCCUCCUGCGUGGGCGUCGCGCCGGCGGCGCUGCUGUCCAGGUCCUUCGCCGACGCCGCCAUCGCCCGCGCGCUCCACUUCUCCCUCUGCGACCACUCCCCGCUCCCGGAGCCCACGGCGACGCACCAGUCCGUGGCCACGGACGUCGACCUUGGCGCCGUGCAGGCUGUGCCUGCCGUGGCGGCGCUGCCCCCACGGGCGGCGCAGUCAUCGCCGUCGCCGUCGGCGACUCGGUGCUGCCGGCUGGGGCCGGCGGGUGGCGGGCGCGCUGGGAAGCGGCGGCCGAGGCCGUCGAAGCGCACGCCCACCACGUACAUCAGCACCGACGCGGCCACGUUCCGCAUCAUGGUGCAGCAGGUCACUGGCGCGCAGGUCGAGCCGCUGGACGACGCCUGCCUCGGCCUCCUCAUGCCGCCGCCCUUCGACGUCAUCGAGCCCGCGCUGCUGCCCGCAGACGCCGCGGCGUGCGUAGGCGCGGCCCACGUCCCCGCGGCUUACGUUCCCCACCCUCUCCACGCCGCUGCGGCGGCGGUGGCGGCAGCUGAGCAGCCGUGCUUCCCGACGCUGGAUUCGUGGAACGUCAUGUACGGUGGCAAGGACGAGGUUGUUUGAACUCCCAAGGUACUUGUAAGUUGUAGCUAAUGAUGCCAUCGUAUUCGUACGUGUGGCCUUUGCCCAUCGAUCUCUUCUUCUCUGUUCGACGUAGAAUUUUAGAGAAGCUGUACAUUACUACACGCAGUGAGCCGCGUGUCCGUGGUGGCAGCGCCGGAGUGCGCUCGCUAGCUAUGGGGUUGUUUAGAUGGGAUAAAAUUUUUUAGUCACAUGUCACAUCGAAUGUUUGAAUAUUAAUUUAAAGUUAAAU